GUUGCUGGGCGCGCUGCUGGGCGGCGCGGGCGCGCAGUACUCGAGCGACCGGUGCAGCUGGAAGGGGAGCGGGCUGACGCACGAGGCCCACAGGAAGGAGGUGGAGCAGGUGUACCUACGGUGCUCGGCGGGCUCUGUGGAGUGGAUGUACCCGACUGGGGCUCUCAUCGUCAACGUGCGGCCCAACACCUUCCCGCCCUCCCGACGACACCUGACUCUGUGCAUCAAGCCCCUCAGGGACUCCUCGGGCGCCAAUAUUUAUUUGGAAAAAACUGGAGAGCUGCAGCUGCUGGUGCGGGACGGGGACCGCGGGCCCCGCCAGGUGCACUGCUUUGGCUUCGAGCAGCGGGGCCUGUUCGUGGAGGCAACGCCCCAGCAGGACAUUAGCCGGAGGACCACGGGUUUCCAGUACGAGCUGACCAGCCGGCACGCGGAGUCAGACCUGCGUGCCCAGUCAGCCCCGUGCCGCCCCUGCAGCGACACAGAGGUGCUGUUGGCGGUCUGCACCAGCGACUUCGUCGUCCGAGGCUCCAUCCAGGACGUCACCCACGAACCAGAGCAGCAGGAGUCCGCCAUCCACCUGCACGUGAACCGGCUGUACCGGCAGAAGAGCACUGUCUUCCGGCCAGCCCCAGAGGGCGGUGGCUGGAGGGGGCACGUCACCACGCUGUUGGAGUGCGGUGUGAGGCCCGGACGUGGGGAGUUCCUCUUCACGGGCCACAUACACUUCGGGGAGGCCCACCUUGGCUGCGCCCCGCGCUUCAAGGACUUCCAAAGGAUGUACAAGGAUGCUGAGGAGAAGGGCCUGAACCCCUGCGAGAUGGGCACAGAGUGACUGUGGGUGGCCACCGCUGCUGCCACAGCGGGCGCUCGGACCUGGGCUCCCCGGCGCACAAGCCACGUCUGACCCCACGAGGUCCUGGCCAAGGACUCCCUGACCGAUUGGAAAUGUUGUAAGAUGCAAACUAAGUUAUUAUAUUUUUUUUAAAAAAGAAACGUCCAUAGGAAAUAAACUCCAGUGUCUUAAAAUG